AUGACCAAGACUACUGAGAUCAAUCAAGAAACCCGCUACAAACUCAACAAUGGACUAGAAAUCCCGAUAAUCGGAUUCGGGGUCUACGAGAUUCCAGCAGCGGAUACCGCAGACUUGGUCUACCAGGCGCUGAAGGAAGGAUAUCGGCAUAUUGACACUGCUGUGGGAUAUCGUAACCAAGCGCAGGCUGCACUGGGAGUUCGCAGGUUUUUGAAUGAGACUGGUGCUCUAAGAGAAAGCGUUUGGUGUACCACAAAGCUCACCAAUCAACAACAAGGUUGGGAAGAAACGCAAAAGGCCCUGAAAGAAAUAGCAAAAGAUGUCGCGGAAGCCAUAAGUUAUGUUGAUCUAGUUUUACUGCACUCGCCAAAAACAAGCUCUCGGAAACGUUUAGAUUCCUGGAAGGUCUUGGAAGAGGCGGUUAUCAAGCCGGAGUCAAGUGCCAUUCCCAUCAAGGCCAUCGGGGUCUCUAAUUUUGGAGUGCCACAUUUGCAAGAACUUCUGGCCGCGGCGCGAAUCAAACCAGUUCUAAACCAGUUAGAACUCCACCCUUGGCUACCACGGCCUGAGCUGCGCAAAUUUCUAAAGGAUAAUGAUAUUUUAGCGGAGGCAUAUUCACCUUUGACACAGGGAGUCAAGCUGCAAGAUCCGGAGCUUUUGUCUCUUGAGACUCAGAGCGGUAUUUCAAAGGCGGAACUUUUGCUCAACUGGUCUUUCUUGCAAGGUUUCGUAGUGCUGGUAAAAAGCGCCAAGCCUAAACGAAUUUUGGACAACUUGAAAGUUUUACCCAAGAAGGGUGAGGACAGGAAGGUUUUUCUGAGCGAUGACAUUUGGCAAGCAUUAGACAAACCGAAUUCGCACGAUGUCGUGACUUGGAACAAGCAAGAUCCGACAGAGUUUCCCAUUGACAUCAAGUAG